AUGCCUGGUUACGGAUACGAACGAAUGAAGCUGAAGGAGUAUCUCGGGAUCGAAUGGAUUGAAAAUGGCUUCGAUCAGACCGAUCUGAGCCAAAUUGGGCCAAAUGCUAAAAUUUUUGGACUUGCCAAGGUCUAUCAAAAUUAUCCCAACGACUUGGACUGCACAUUUGACGACGUUACAAAAUGUCGCUGGCGUAAUGCAAGGCCGGAUGAAUCGCUUGAUUCGCUCGACUUUUAUUUAUUUGAGAAAAUUGAUUUCACUGAAUUUCCGAUGCUACAAGUUCGACCAGGGCCAAGUGGCCUGAGACGAGGCAAGUACUAG